CGCUCGGCCAGCAAAAGGUACGGCAGCAAUCAAGGACCUCUGUAGCCCAGGGAGGAAUUGACUACAGGCCCAGCCAGCGCUCCUGCCAUGACGAAACUCCUGCAGUGGUUGGUGACGCUGGCUCUCCUGGGCACUGUCUGGGCAGCUCUCACUCUGGGCCUCUUGGGGCUGGAUCCGCUGCCCCCACCCUGGCACCAGGUGCUCUGGCCCCUGCCCACCUACCUGCUGGUGGCGUUUGGUUGCUACGCACUGGGUGUCGUCGGCUACCGCUUGGCCACCUUCAACGACUGCGAGGAAGCGUCGCGAGAGCUCCAAUCCCAAAUCCGAGAGGCCCGGGACGACCUCACCCGGCGCGGCCUGAAGUUCUGAUCCUGCCAUAGGACCGGGCGCUGUGUCCCUGGCAAGAAGAGGUGCCAUCCAGACCAAUUAAACCCCCCAGAGAAUAUGACUUGAGCUCCCCAGAUGGUUUCUCUCUCCCAUCUCUUGAUCACCCUUCAGUGUGACCAAGAAACCAACUAAUCGUUGCCCACCGCCUUGGGAGAGCUUCUGCCCUGAAAGGCGGCCAAGAUAUAUUUUAAAUACAUAAAACAUGGAAAAAUAAAUAAAAAUCAACUGAGCCCAGUGACGCUUUUUCAAAAUAAUAA